AUGACCCUCACGGGCAACUUUCUUGGAGCUCACCGCCGUGGGUGCUCUUGGUGGUUGGCACGUGACACCGCGAACCUCAUUUUUCGGUGUCGCGUUCAUGAAAACAAAGACAUGACCCAACAACGUGAUGUGAGCGCAGAAGCUGAGUAUGAAGUGCCGAACGUCUCUAAGGAUGACUUGUUUGCCUUCCAUGAGGCGCACUUCUCACAAGCUGCCAUCGCUUCCUUUGGGGCAACAUUUAUAAAUCCCCCAGACCAGGAGCACAUCCAAGAUGACAUGGACUACGAUGCGUGGGAAGAGGAAGACGAUGGUUUGGGUUACUAUCCGGAUGGCGUGAAGCGUACCUUGACAGACGAGCAAAUCGAAAUCUUUCGACAUUCUGAGCUCGAAGCUCUUCGCAAGAAGCAAGCCAAGGAGUCCGACACUAAGACAGUUGGGUCCUCGGAUGAGCCGAUGGACUUGAGCGACGACAGUCCUGCACCUACUCAAACUGAAGCCACCUCGUCUGCACUACCAACUUCCUUCCAAAACAAUAAGAAGAAAAAGAAGAAGAAGGGUCCCAAGCGUGGGCGGCCUGAGCCAAAGCCGGAUCUGCGAAAACGCACCUGGGAUGUUGUCGACAAAGGUUUAGAUUCACUUGACUACGACUGA